UCAUUUAGCUUUUUUUCAAUACAAGUAUUGUAUUGUAUCUAUGUAUUGUAUUGUAAGUAUUGAACAUAACGCAAAAUAUAUUUGUCUUUCUGCUCGAGUGCAAUUUUGUGUUGUUAAUUUCUGAUUUGAUUCCUAAAAUCAAAAUUAAUGCGCUGACCCGGCAGUUGCUACUCACCUGCCUUGGACAGCGUGCAUACAAGGAACUACAAUGACCGUCACAGACUUCAUUGAAUUGUCUCCUGACUUAUCAAGCACAAAAAAACAAGUACGAGAAUGUCUCUUUCGUCACUUAUUUCUUUGUUCAGCUACUACUGGUGGCCACAACCUAGCACUGGAAUCAAGAGGAAAAAACCAAGACUGUCGGCAAAACAACAAGACGGCAGCAACGGAAUGAUUAAAAAUGCCUUUAAUUAUCCACAAAACAAUAAUAUUCGGGAUUUUAAUAUCAUCAAUAUGUCAUUGAAUGAUGAAAUUUUGCCUACACCGGACAUUUGCGGCAAUCCCUUUCCUACCGGGAUGGAAUUGUAUCCACCUACUCCACCACCUGACAUAUAUACGACAGGAGAUUUAUUUCCAAAUAUUCCACAGCAAAUAUUUUUGUCACAACACGACAACUUUAAUGGCCCAGCCCCGCCUCAAUCAUACCCUUCUGAAUCUAACCCCUUUCUGUCAUCGCAGUCACCAGAUGGCCUUGUAAGUGCACAUAGGACACACCAUCAACUUCAGUUGCUGGAACGUCGACUUGCUAAUUUAGAAAUGGACAACACUCAUCUUCGCCACCAGCUCAGCGAAACGACGACAGAAAUACGAGAGCUACGUCAAGCAUUCAAGAUUUCUCAAGAUAGAUUGAAAAAACUGGUAGAAACACUGCAAGGGAAGGGCGCAGGGAACGACAACGAAGCUGGGACUGAACACUGUGAGGAAAAUGACAACUAUCUGAUCAGCUUUACGCCGGAAGAGAAAAUGGCUGAUGAGAAAACUCCGAAAGCUGAGGUGCCCCAAGUUGGAUUAAUGGGAAAUUACGAUCUUCACCGACCUAGGCAAAGCUACCCAGUUACCUGCCAAGAUGUGCUACCUGCACGCGAGAACACUACAGGAUCGUUUCAAUACCUAGAGCCGAACAAGGAACUGGAGGAUGCGAUACCCCCUACAAUUUGGCCAGACUUGUCAACAUUGGGUUCGGACAACUGGUUUGCAAUGCCAUUGCCCAACGCUGUUAACUUACCUUCUCCCCAGCCAGCCUACAAUGCAUAUGGAAGUUAUGGAUGCCAUAGCAACCACAGCACUGAUAGAGAACGGAUAAGCCCAUAGAACAGAUCAGCCGAAUCCAUAAAAGUGACGACAACGCAGCCGAGAUGUAGACAACGAAUAACGUUGAACAACACUGGGUGAUUCUAUUUUAAUUGCAGAUAAUGUAAUUUCAACUUUCUAAAUUGCCUCUAGCAGAAGGCGGCCAAGAAACAACAAGCGGGCUUUCGACCGACUCGACCGGUAAGAUAAUCCCUAGCGAUGCCAUAGUAUUCAGGACGGCAGGGAAUACCGUAUCUCUUAAUCGUUUUGCGAAUCUUCACCAGGAAUGAGUUGGUCAAAGUAUGCGAGUUGAAUCUUGGUUGUCAUCUGUGAGGAUCGUUACCCGUACAGAGUUCCUACAUUAAGGUAGUCGUUUGUCGCCCACUUUAAGGAUUGCUGAUCAGUUCUUCUCUCCACAUCUUUUGUUUUUGGUGAGUUCAUAAUCGCUGUUCUGUCAGCCGAAUACACAAGGUUUAAAUCCG